AUGAACCUUAGCUAUCAAAAAGGUAUACGAAUUGGCACUUGGAACAUCCGGACAUUGGCACAGGCAUCCCGUUUGGCACAACUAAGCAAAGAAAUGACACGCUGUAAAAUUAAGAUCCUAGGUCUCAGCGAAGUGCGGUGGAAGAACAGCGGGGACAUUACAACGUCAGACAAUCACUACAUGAUAUAUUCGGGCAAUUCAACCACCCACAUUAAUGGAGUUGGAAUAGUUAUAUCCACUAAAAUUAAAAAAUCAUUAAUGGAGUGGAAUCCAGUCUCCGACCGAUUAAUAACCGCUCGUUUCCGAGCCAAAAAUCGCAAUAUAACAAUCAUUCAAUGCUAUGCACCAACGGAAAUAGCAGACGACAGCGAAAAAGAUCAUUUCUACAACCAACUGCAGUCCACAAUCGCCUCAACGCACAAAAGAGACAUCAAACUUGUCAUGGGUGACUUUAACGGGAAAAUCGGCAAUAAUAAUAACAACCUCGAUGAAAUAAUGGGUCGCCAUGGACUUGGAGAAGCACGCAAUAACAACGGCGAGCGAUUAAUUGAUCUCUGCAUGGCCAACCGACUUUUCAUCGGCAGCACGCGAUUCCCGCACAAGGACAUUCAUAAAUAUACCUGGCAAGCACCAGACGGAGUAACACGUAACCAGAUCGACCACGUGCUAAUUGACAAGAAACACCUGAAGUCUCUUCUAGAUGUUCGAACAAUGCGUAGUGCGGACAUGUAUAGCGACCAUAAGCUAGUCGUGAAUAAAGGCGAACGUCGGAACUUCUGUGAAACUGUAACAGCCAAAGUUAAUAAUAUCAGUCCUACAAUAAGUGCGAAGGAAAAAUGGGAAUUAGUGCAAAAAGCAUACGUAGAAUCCGCAAAUGAAGUCAUCGGGAUCAAAAACAGUACCCGUAAAAUGUGGAUCACGAAUGAAACCUGGGAAUUAAUCGAACAAAGAAGAACAUUAAAUCAGCAACUAAACCAGGUCCGAAGUGAUGUAACCCUUGCAAGAUAUAACAACAUAGAAAAACAAAUUAAGAAAAUGGCAAGAAGAGAUCGUCGUAAAUUCGAAGAAAACAUCAUCAAUGACGCUGAAGUGGCGGCGGAACAAAAGGACGUGCGCAAAACAUACCAAUGUAUCAGGAGGAUCACCGGCCAUUUUACAAGCAUUCCACAAAUUAAGAACAGCGAUGGCCAUAUUCUCACUACGGAACAACAACAACUUAAUCGAUGGGUAGAAUUCUUUAAACACGACGACCCAACAAUAGAUAACUGCGACAUAGACUAUACAACAUCAUCUCGUAUCAGCACAAAGUCACCAUCAGUUGCUGAAAUCAGAUUAGCAAUAAAGAAACUCAAGAACAACAAAGCCGCAGGUAGUGACGGCAUCGCACCGGAAUUACUUAAAACUGAUCCAUCAUUUGCGGCGGAAACACUUGCCCCCAUUAUAACAGAAGUAUGGGACACAGGCAGCAUCCCGGCGAAAUGGAAACAAGGAAUAAUCAUCACAAUUCCAAAGAAAGGUGAUCUCCGUGAAUGUAAGAACUAG